AACGCAACCAAAAAAUUAUGGACAUAGCACGGAACACAACCGAGAAAUUGUGGACAUUGCCUGAAAAAAUGGACAUUCGCUAGGUAGUUCAUGUCCAAUUUCUCAGGAGGCGUUUUAUAGCUGAGGAUCACCGGGAUCACCCAAAAGCGGGCCGUAACACCUCUCACUCUCAUCUCUCAUCUUGCAUGCACGUGAAAUCGUCGGAUUCGUUGACAUGUGAACUCAAAACGAAGUUAUCCGCUCGGGGAGCACCGUCAGCUUCUGUGCAGCCUGCUACGACCUAAAUAAACAUAUUUUCGCCAUGACGUAAUAGCUAAAAAAUCCGGACGAGGAAUCUUCAAUGCCAAUUUGUACCGUGUGAUAUUCACGACAACGAUGCGCAUUGUGUGAAAUAAACACGUGUGUUGCAAUAAACGUUGAACAGUUUUUUUAUUUUCAUUUUUAUUUAUUAACCCGCUGUUUUAUAGUCGAGGACUCGUUACAUAUAGAGAGUUAAGCUAUUACUUUAUGUUGUGGAAUUCGUUUAUUUGUUUCACUGUACAUUAAUUUUGAAAUAAAAAAAAACAUCCAGAAAUGUCAAGACGCAGGAGUUUUCGUGAGAUGCACAGACAGUUUACAAUAGAUUUUGUUUAUUUAAAGUGAAGACGAUAAUGGCAUUUCUAAAAUAAAAGUCAGAUUUAUUUAUAAAAUAAUAAACUAUAGCUAAAUAUUUCCACGAAUAUGUUUUUACGUUAUUUUUGGUUAUGUAAGCAAAGUGACCACAAGUGCCAAUGCACAACGCUAGGUAUCAUUUUUAUCUACGAUAUGAUAACAGCAUAUGUGAUAAAGGAAAUCUUUCCAAUUUAUGAAAUGCAAAAAAAUUCCAAAUUGCCAAAAUCUGUUUACUCGUAAUACAUCACAAAUCGGAACAAAUGGGUCUACUAAAGAUGCUGAAGCGUGUUCUGUGCAAAAACAUCGCAACAAGCGGCGCGAGAUUUGUGGGCAUCAUAGGACCCUUAACAAUUCCACCGUUACAGAUUGUAACUUUAUAUUACUUCUGGCAGGAUUAUGCAAGGGUUGUGGAUAAACGGUACUGCUCCUGCUCGUGCUGGGACACUGUCUUUAAAGGCUCUUAUGAAUCUGGUAUAGCUCCCUACAAACACAUGUAUUUUAAUGCCACUACAAACAUGUUGAAAAUAUGGAUGCUUAUUGUCGUUGGCGUGAUUGUGUUUUACGAGACAAUGAAGUACCUGGCAAGGUUGGCAUUCAAGCAGAGACUCAGACAGUCCAUGAUGCUCCUCUUCUCUACUGCUCUGUUCUCGCAUUAUUACGCGUGGUGGGUCUACAUUAAUUACUUGAAUGAUGACUUUUACUCCCAGUGGUAUCAUCAGUUGUUCUUUACCAUCACUGAGCUGAUAUCCACUGCCUGGGUAGUCCACCUCGCGGACAAGAAGAAUCCUAUAACUCACAAAAAAGCUUUUGGCAUUGCUGCGAUAGCUCUUCUGCAUAUCGUGGCUGGCGGGUGGGAUCAGUUCUUUGCGAAUGUUGUUAGAGGAGAGGGUCGAGCACACCAGGUCAUACGUGAUCUGGGUUUCAUGAUACCGGAUGUUCUCCACCUCGUCGUUCCAUUAUUACUAAUUAAAUGGGAGAGUAUUUACAAUAUCCAUCUGCCUAACUCGUUAGUGUAUAUGUCAAGCAUCGUGAUGAUUGGAUUAUGCAUUUGGUCAUUUUUAUUGUAACAUUACAUCAUGGAAAGCAACAUAUUGUACAGAAUGGGCGAUUCGAUUCUAUUCUUCCUUGGACGAGAAGAGCCUUCGUUAAUUUAAUUCUUCCUAAAAGCGGAAAAAAUCCGCGAUGCAAAAAAUUCGGUCUAACACCAACGCCAAACGUUUAUUAGUUCUUGUGACAGAUCGAUUAUUACCGCGGAAACAUGAUAUGAAUUUUCAUAUCGUAUAAGAUGUCCCGUGAUGGCACUACCGUUAACAAAUGUGUUCAUUUUCGAACAUAAUUCGACUGAACUUGAGUUGUAUAUAUACUUCAGAUAGCCUACAUAUUUUUUUUAGGUUUUAAGCUACCGUCCUUUAUUACGUACUUUAUUAUUUAUGUAAACUAAAAUCUAUUAUUUAUGAAAGAUUAUAUUUUUAUUGUAUUUAUAAUUUUAUAUCAUGAUGUGAGAUUUAAAUUUCAAAUCUUUAUACAAGACUUACUAAGGAUAGAAAUUGUAUUAACUUGAAGACUUUGUUAAUGUUAAAACUUGAACCUUCGGCACAUUUUUCAUGCCUGAUUGCAUACAAGGCGUCUUGCUACGUAUCCUCAUUGGCUUACGAUUGGUGACAUAAUCAUCCGAGCCAAUCAGGAUACAUAUUAAGAUGCCUCGUAUGCGAUCUAGCAUGAAAAAUCGUAUCGUGUGCCGAAGGCUUUAAUUAGGACAUGUUAUAUAGACUGCGAACGAUAGCAUCUACAGUAUUACUCUAAGUAAAUUAAGUAUUACAUUAAUUAAGAACAUAUCAUGUAGAUAGCCUACAUAAAAUGUUAUCGCGACAGGUAAGAUUGUACAACUUACAGGCAAUGCUAACCAAAAAUAGUAUCCUAACUUCUUAUACAGGUUACAAUGCUUAAAGUGCCUACACAUAAUAUAUUAUUUAUAUGAUUAUUGUUAACUAAGGCGAUAAGCAAUUGCGAACAAAAACAAUUUUCAUAUAUUUUAAUGUCAAACAAAGAGAUUGUUAUUUCGAAAAUACUAAUUUAAGAAUACAAAGAAAAUUCUCAAACACGUUAAUAAUAACAUCGAUUUGCUAGUUUUUAAUGUUGUAUACAAGACACUAAAACGUUGAUCUCUUACUUCUAAUCUGGUAAUUGGAAGUUCAUUUAUUUCAACUAAUGAAACAUCUGAUGGUUAACAUUUGCAAUAUUAUCUGUGCAACAGAGGUACAUAUCCUGGUAGAUAAUGUAGCCUCAUUAACGAAACAUACAUCACCAAAGUAUCAAAACUAAUUUUAUCAUUGUUAUAUAUCUCUAUACAUAUAUUUAUUGUAGGAUAUAUACGUUGCGGUAAAGCCAUUUUCAAAAAGUACUUGAGUAGUUACAAGCAUCAUUAUCUGAUUCUUAGGGAUUCCCUGGUGAAAAAAAUUUACAUAAUAUUUCACAUUAUUCCAAGAACUUUUCAUAUUUCAGGUUUCUGAAAAAAUACCUUAAACUUUUUUUCAGAUUUUGUAAGUUUUCUUGGAAAAAAUUGUAAACGUAAUAGAAAUUCUGAAAAAUUCUAAAACAAAUUUUCACCGGGGAUAUAUUAUAAACAUAAUUGUAGCAAUUCUUGAGAAAAGGAAAUAGAUAUUUCAUCACGUAAACAAACUAGCGUAUUGCGAUAUGUAGAGUAAAUAGAGCGGUCAAACGUUCAUAAAUUUUCGAAUUUAAUUCUUAUAAUAUUUUGUUAUCAAACGGAGCGAAGUAAUAGGUACGCAUAUUGUCGAUACGAUUAUACAUAGUCUGACGAUUUCAGUCAGAAAGCUGUCUUGAUUGGUAAUGCAAUUGAAAUAAAACGGCCUAAUUUCCAA